AUGCCAGCUUGCAGCAUGUUUUCGGCUCGUGCGGAUAGCAAACCGUCCAAGCCGUCCGUCGUACCUCCCGCCUCCUGCACUCUUGGCCCCUGUCUGAGGAGCGGCAGCUCAAAUACAUUGGCUUCUAGCCGUUGCCAUCUGGCGUCGCCCGUCGCGCCCUACCGACGCUGCGCUGAUACUCGCGAGCGAGCAAAACGACGGACCUCCGUGCCGGCAGGUCUUCUUCAUGCUGGUCAGCCCGAUGCUGAUAACGCUCCUGAGGAUGGCUACGCAAGAAAAGCGGGCAACCACGGGAUGGGCAGUAAGAAGGCGAAUACCUCCAGGGUUCCCGACGAAUGGGGGAUAACAAAUGGGUCUUCUGUCGAGAAUCAUGGAGAAUCUGGCAAAAACGUUGCUGAUAGGCGUGUUGUCGUCCGAAUUCGGGGCCUCACUCUCAAUAGCGGUAGAAAACUGGCACUGUGUGUACAUCCCGAGGACAACACCCGAGUGAUUUGUCAUAGAGGGACUUGCUUACAAGAGUUCCGUUUCAGCAGAGUAUUCGCUGACCCUGAAACGAACGAUGACGUGUAUCGGGAAAUAGGCGGCCAGCGCAUAGUCGAAGCGAUCGGCUUGGGCAUCAAAGAAACUAUCCUCGCCUACGGGCAAACUGGAAUCGAAAUUUUUGGAGAAGUGCUCUAUGAUCUUCUGCCGGAGUGCGAAACGGACCGGAGAACUGGCGCCCCCUUGAUAGUUCGCCACGAAGAAUGCUUCAUCAAGACUUCCAAGUUUACUUUCAAGGUCUGCACAGUCAAUGACGAGCACAGUGCGCUCGAUCUGUUGGAGGAAGCCCGACAGCAACGGCGGGUCGGUGAUUCGCAUCUCAACUCGAGAUCUAGUCGAUCACAUGCAGUGGUUCAAUUCUUCGUGCACACGCGCGUGUCGGAGGAGCGAGCCGUAGAAUUUCUGAAGCGCCCAGUGAUCCCCGAACGUCCCGUGGGCGCAUGCGCCUUCUACGGCGUGCUGACUCUCGUCGAUCUCGCCGGAUGCGAACGCGAAGCACCAUCCUACCUACCACGGCGUCUGUAUACAGCAAAUGGGUAUAAAGACGAGUCGAAGUGGGGAUGCUGCAGCCGCUCUCUGAAUGCCUCGAUUUCAACGCUUAACCGGCUCAUACGCAAAAUGCAGACUAGCACACUUGAUGAGUCCGAUCGUCGGCAGUCAGCCUUGAACAGGGUUUUGUUCGACUACCUCCAGCCCGAGUGUGGCGUUUGCAUGAUUUUUUGCCUCAAUCCGGAAGCAUCAGAACUUCAGGUGUCACUUUCCACCCUCUCUAUUGCGUCGGAAUCGCGUCUCAUCCCUUGCUGGCGGAGGCAGUAUUUCCUUCCUCUGGGUCCGCUUCGAGAGUUCUAUAACGAAUCGGUUAUCUACCAGUCCGCUGACCCAAUCACUGACUUGAUCAAGGCGCGCCGCCCCAUGGUCACCCACGACGCAGUGCCUCUCGCGUCGGCUGACGGCGGUCGUCCUUUCCAUGCCGUCAACAAUUCUGCGCGAGCUGGGCCGCCUUCGUCUGGUGGCACACGAAUGCCACCGGAGAAAAAAAAUAAAAUAGCGGUGGAAGGCGUAGGAACAAGCGACACGUUUGAUGAUAUUUACCCGCUCGCCGCCCCGGUCGCCGUCAGCGAACCUGCGGAUACACUCCGCUUGAAGCAUCGCCAAAGAAGGUCAUCAGACAGCCUCUGUUGUUCGUCACUCUCGUCGCUUCUAGGCGCAGAAGAUUCAUUCCAGUCGACCGGGAGUGGGUCGGAUGCGUGGUUUUCUAAGCUGCAAAAUCAAUCGUCAUCAUCAGUGCAGCUGGCCAGCUGGCCCCUUCGGCAAAGCAUCGGAACGCAGACGAAUCCAUCCGCCGCCUCCCGCUCGUUCUCAGACAGUGGCGCUGGAAGCGACGAAUGGGUUUCUGCUGUAGCAAGCGAGGCUGCAGGUGCACGGCCUUGCUCAGGUGUAUUACGCGUUUCAGUCUUGGACGCCACGUCACUCGGAGAGAUUCUUCGAAAUGCCGGAGCCCUUACUCCCGAACGACUUGAAAGAGUUCUGACAAAGAACGGGCAGCAACGUGAACGAGGAGCGCAUUCGGAAGGUACAAAGGACGUUGAGGUCUCAAGGGAGACCGGGCAAGCUGCUUGCCGCCUUGGGGAGGCGCAAGCUAUACCCGUCCAACUGGGAGACAACGCGACAAGUGUGUUCAUCUUGUUUCCUGCGCCAGCAAACGGGAUGCUGGCAACUCAAAAGGGAGGAGGGAAACAAGACAGUGACUGCGGGUUAAGUAGAGGACCAACUGACGACCCCAGCAACCCUGUUUCGUCGUGUGGCGUCAAAAGCGCUAUCAGUUCUGUUGAGUCGUGCUCGUUUGCGCCGCGAAGCGCCCGCCAGUCGUCUCAGUCCUCCUCUAUCUCCUCUUCAAAUGUUUUCCCCCUCCUCGAAGCGGCUACGCCCGGAACCCCACACUCUCCCCGUCUCCCAUGUUCAGUCUUGGGCACCUCCAUCAAACACACUGUUCCUUCUCCACCGUUCUUAGCUCUACCAACGGACAGUAAGAAAACUUCCCGGCGCCUUGCUUCAGAGAUGAGGGAGUCCUGCGAACACGCCUCAUUAGACGGGGUGCCGACGGGCGUGCGUCCAGGUACACAGAGGCAGCAGAGGCAGCAAGAGAGUUUACCAGUGCGGGGCCGCGCGGACCUAACAGGCACACUCGUGAAAUCGCCUCGCAGUAACGCCGACUCGGUGCCUUUUUCGUUCUCUCGGAAUGCAUCAAUCGGGGACUCAGCCGAACGAACGUCCUGGAGCGGCCAGGCAGGUCGGUGCGCGAACUCUCGCGCAUAUCUCUUCGCUGGUUCAAACCGUUGGGAGCCAAGAGAACAGAACUCCGAGCCGCCUGCAAAUGGAGACUCAAAGACAGGUGCUCCGCUGCUGCGAUCUUUCUCAACGAGCCGUGUUACGUCACAACUGCGCGACGUUUCUGCCCCUACCGCCACGGCUCCGGGCUGCUGCUGUGCGCAGUGCGUUCAACCCACUUGUGCCGACCCCUUCGCCGGGGCGUCUGGGGAACCGGCUGCGUUAGUGCCUUCGCGCGAGGACUGCACGCCCCAUUUCCAGUGUUGCUGUGUGGGGCAACAAAGGGACUUGUGGCGUGGCCUCGAGUUGCGGAAGGAGCAACAGCGGCGGGAGGAGAGGCGCAUUCAGGCGCAGAUCGAACGGAUUGAGAAACAGUUGCAGUCGCUCGUUCACCAACAGACUCCUCCCUGGUCAGCGGUUCCGCACUUGCAAAGGCGUGAGAGCAGCCUUGAAUCUCUGAACGAAUCAAGUGCCGCCAAUCCUCGUGUUGUCGAUGCACUUCUUCUAGCUCGCCGCCUCUUGCUGACUUCUUUUCGUUGCCCCGCCACGUCAACAAGCCCUGCUGGCGCCUCCCAUGAAGCUCAAAGCCGCGGUCCAGCGCUGCCGAACAGACGCACUUUCUCCUCAAAAAGCGGUGCCGCCUCUGACGCAACAAAGCAUCGCCCAUCGGGGUGGUUUUCCGAGCAACAGCGAGCUCUGUCAAAGAGAGCGAAACAGGCUGCAGGUGGAGAAGAUGCACGCCAAGAGCCAGCAGAAGACGACGCACGCCUUACUGCCAACUUGGACGCCAUCGAAGGAAGUCACGGAGUACAGCACGUUUCUUGUGUGCAGCACUCCCUGACAAUUUCUGAACAGGACGUCCACACUCAGCGGCCUGAGGCACACCCGGUGGCAAGAGGAGGCCUAGCGGAGCUUCACGCCGCUACUGACGGCCAGGAUUCCGCCCCCGCUGGCGGCGGGGGCAUGGAGGCGCACAUCUACAAACGGCCUUCUGAUGUGUUCGUAGGCGGAACCUGUGAAGGGGAUUUGCCGUUCUCUCCGAAUCCCCCAGGCGCUUUUCGUUCCCCUCGCGAGGCUGCAACCUUAGAGGAAGAAGGAAACGCAUACAAGAGAGAGUGCCAGGAGCCUUUAGACAUGCAGCAUUCCGAAAAUGGUCACGAGGUGGGGAUGGGGCGUUGCAGCCGGAAACGAAGCGUCACAGAGCCCCCGAUCACCAGAAAAUUCGAAGAAGGUUGUAGCAGACCCUGA